CCGCAGCCUGCGCGCGCCGAGUUCCGGGCAGGGGCUCCCGCGGCGCCUCGGCUUCCGGCGCUGAGCUCGCUGCCGCCCCGGCGCGGUAUGGAGGCGAAGGAGGCAUCCACGCCAGCUACCGGCGGCGGGUACUCGGUGACAGCGGAGGAGAUCGAAAAGUGGAUGGAGGAGGCCAUGCAAAUGGCCAAAGAAGCCCUAGAAAAUACUGAAGUUCCUGUUGGCUGCCUUAUGGUCUACAACAAUGAAGUUGUGGGGAAAGGAAGGAAUGAAGUUAAUCAAACCAAAAAUGCUACUCGACAUGCAGAAAUGGUGGCCAUCGACCAGGCCCUAGCCUGGUGCCGGGGGAGCGGCCGGAGCCCCUCCGCGGUGUUCGAGCGCACGGUGCUAUACGUCACGGUGGAGCCGUGCAUCAUGUGCGCAGCUGCCCUCCGCCUCAUGAAAAUCCCGCUGGUUGUGUAUGGCUGUCAGAAUGAACGUUUUGGUGGUUGUGGCUCUGUUCUAGACAUUGCCUCUGCUGAUUUACCAAAUACUGGGAGACCAUUUCAGUGCAUUCCAGGGUAUCGGGCUGAGGAAGCAGUGGAAAUGUUAAAGAACUUCUACAAACAAGAAAAUCCAAACGCACCAAAAUCAAAGGUUCGGAAAAAGGAGUGUCAGAGAUCCUGAGUUUGUUCUAACGAAGGACUAAUGCCCCUGGAUGAAAUUCUUGCCUGAACGCUGGUGACAUCAUUGAAUCAGAUGUUAUGUAUCGUCCUUAACCUGUGGGAAAAAUGGUCUCUCAUCAUUUCCUCUGUUAAAGGAACAAGUGAACACUUUGACAAAGUCUGACAAUUGCAAUAAACUAUUAAUUAGUUUUUCCACAAGCUGGAAAAUGAAAGAUUGAGGCUUUAGAAAUUAGUAAGCAGUAUGAUGCACUUCCUGCCAAAAGCAUCACCAGUUCGGGACAGUGCUGUCAGAGCAUGUACCUGCCCCGGGCUGUGCCACUGCGGACCCCUGCUCCACGCCUGGCGUUGCAGAAUUGCAUUUUUCAUUCUUUGCAGCCUCUGUGUUCUCCCAGUGUGUUUGGGGCCCAUGACUUCCUUGGAAAUUGUCUGUGUUGCGUACCUGUAGACCAUGAUUAUCUGGUCUUUUGAACAGAUUUUUGCCUUUAUAAAGCAUUUAGAGAAAAUGCAUAUUGUAAAACAAGUGCUUAAAUGUCAUUUUAAAUUGCAACAUAUUGCUAAAAUAAAACCGUAUUUGUGCCUUUUUUGAAGAUGGAUAAUGUUAAAAAUAGAAUAUAAAAGCAUAAAGGGGACAAUUCCUUCUUUGUUAUUGAGCAACUGUAUUGGGAAUCAGUGAACAAAACAAAGAACCCUGCCCUCAUGGAGCUUAUGUUCUAGCAGGGGAGACAUAUACUAAACAAUAGAUUAUACAGCAUGUGAGAGCGUGGUCUGGAUUAGGCAAAAAGAAUGGGCAUGCCAUUGGUGGUGGGAAUGCUGGUUGCACAAUUAAAUAGAAUGGUUACUUUGAUCUGAAAUCGAAUACAGUUCUUUCUUUUUACAAAAAUCCAGAUUUAGAAUUUAAAGUCUGAAAUUGUACAGUGUGAACACAGCCCUGGAAAGGGUAUCCACAGCAGGCACUCCCAGAUAUUCCCGCUGGCUGGCUGCGGCGCUGCAGAGCUGGGCUGCAGUGCUCAGAGCUGGGCUGCAGUGCUCCGCGUCUGCCCAGAAGGGGGCCUCCGUGUUCUACCGGAAGCCCUGCUCCAGGCCCUGGACAGCAGCUCCUCAGUUGCAUUUCUUCAGUGGGUUCAUUUCCUUGAUGCAAAGCAUCUGUAUUUGUUGGUUCUGCCAUUUGAGCGAUGUCUCUGACUUGUUUGUUUUGAAUUACAUUACAGGCUGGAAAGUAAUUGUGAAAGUCUUUUUUAUAUUGCUGAGAGUAGCGGCUAAUCACAGUGACAUGCUUCAGAGGAUUUAUAAUUGCUCUAUUUUGUACGUGUGUGUUUUUAACUGCAUUUGAGUUUUAUGGAGAAGAAUAAGCAUGAUUUUAAAUCUAUAAUAAUGUUACAUGUAACUUCUUUUCAAUUUCUCCUGCUUUUAAGAUUAUCCUCUCGUUAAAUUUUAGUGCUUUGACUAGUUUGUUCCUAUUUGUAGUCGGUCAUAAUUCAUUUCUGGCUCCUUAUGCUUUUCGGCAAGCAGACAUCAUUGCACUUACUGUCUUCAUAUCAUUUUCUGGAGGAUUAUUUGCAGGCAAAAAAUCUUGGAAUCUUUCCUCCAGAGAGUACCACCCAGUAUGUCUGGUUAAGCAUCUUAUGCCAAGUAGGUUCUUAGUAAACAAGUGUUAAAUAAAAUUAUUAAUUGGAAUUUGGGAGGAAAUGAGCAAUAAAGAGACUAUCUAGGGUAAAAAGCCAAAACCAAAAAUGGUAUGUGUCUAUUUUAACCCAGAGAUAGUCACUACUAAACGGAUCUAGAAAAUAUAAUAAUAAAAGUAUAAUAUGCUAAUUAGACCAGACAGCCAAACGACCUGCCAGACGUCCGUCCUUCCAGACAAAGCCGGGGCUGCGAGGGCCGAGGCAGCCACCAUAGCUGUGAGGGCCGAGCCCCUUGCAUGAAUUUCAUGCAUCAGGCCUCUAGUAAAACUAUAAACAGGAAAGGAUAGAAAAGACUUACCAAUAUACAUAUGUUCUGGUUUUGUUGUGUUUUGGAGAGUGGGUAUUUUCUAAUUCUUAAGCAUGGCUGAAAAUUUUAAUUUUGGUUAUGACCUUUUUGAUUAUCCAGUGACUGACAUAGAAAAGUCUCCUAAAUUUUUGGUCUUAGGCACAGUUCCCUACUUAAUUAUUAUUAUUUUUUUUUGGGGGGGGGGGGUCAGUAUAGAUGGUGUAUUGCAGAUUGGAGGUUGGCACCUCCAGUGCUGGUAUAGGACCAUUAUGGGGUCAUAGACAUUAAGGCUGAGGCAUUCUGACAGCAAUUUCGAGGUGGUGGGGAGGAGUUGUGGAUAGCUGAUGAGGCGAUCUUGCUUUCUGAGUACCACAUUCCCCAGCUACUUAGACAUGGCUUAAAAUAUUAAGAUGCUCCAGUUAAAAAGAUAGACUCCAAAUGAUUGAUACUGAUAGUAACUAGCUGAGAGACAUGCUUUAUGUAUAGAUAAUUCUGGAAGUUGUGGGAUGCAAAAAGGUUUUAGAAUUUCUACCCUGUUUAGAGAGAUUACUGGGAAGUGAUUGCAUAUAUGUCGCUAGAGUAUCCAAUGUUUACUGGUUUUUGCAAUGGACUCUGCUGAGAAUGGGUGGAAUAUAAUGCUCUGGCAGGCUUCAAUCACUGAUAAGCGAUCAUGUUAAAAUAUCUUUGCACUUUCAUGUUACUUGGCGAAGCAUCUCUUCCUGUGUUGUAUUUGGAAUAUCAUGGAGAGAAAUUAGACAGCCAAUGUAGGCAAGAGCUAUUCAUUUUUCCUUAAAUUCUCUGUUUGGAAAUAAUUUCAAAUGAUAGCAGAGUUGCAAAAAUACCCAUGUAUCCCUUAUUCUUCAAACCUAUUGUUAACAUUUUAUAACUUUAGCUUUGUUAUUUGCUCGCUUUCUUGUCUCUCUAUUGGUAUAUCAUGGUUUCUCUGAACCAUUUGGUACAAAAUUACAUGCAUCACACAUCACGGUCCUUUACCUUGAAAUGUUUUCAGUAUUUCCUAAGCAUAGGAUAUUCUCUUAUAUAAUCACAUUGAUACAUUACUUUUAUCUACUGUGCUGCCCCCUACUCUCCUCUGCAAUAUUAGAUCCAUUCUGGGGUCCAAUAUCAUGUAUCUCAUGUGUCUUUAGCUUCUUUUAGUCUAGAACAUUUCCAUGGCCUCUCUGCUUUUUAGGACAUUUAAAAAAAUCAUACAGUCCGUCUUCCCCAACUUUUCCUUUUUUUCCUUCAUAAUGGUGUUUUCUCACGAUUAGAUUCAGGUUAUGCCUUCUAGGUGAUGUUAUGUUCUCAGAGUGUCAUAUGUGGAGGUACCCAAAAGCCAUCUUCCUUCACCUGGUGAAGAUUUUAUCUGAUUCUACACUAUAUAAUUAUUGUGUGUUUUUUCCUUUUCAAUGAAUAAACAAUUUGGAUUGGGAAGCAGUUACAUUGUUUUUUAAGUGUAUUUGACAUUGGCAGAAAGGAGGGGAAGAAAAUUAAUGACAUAAAUUUCAAAGCAACUGUUAAACUAUUCAAUUGUACGCUUUCUCUUUUAUUAUGUUUGCCAAAAUUUACAAAAUUCCUUAAUAAGACAAUUUUAAAGAGGGAUGUCUUAA